AUGACAGGUCCAUCUACGUCUAAAUCUGCAAGUGCAGCCAAGAACAGCACAACAGAUUCACCAAGAUCGAAACCUGCGGCUGUAGCCAAGAACAGCGCAACAGUCGUGAUAUCAAGGCCUACACCCACACCUGCUCCGGACCUUCCCCCAGCCUACGAAGAUCGCUACAGCCUUGACCCGUGGAGGUUGAAAUCCAGAAACGUAUACAAGCGUAGAUUUCGAGUCGAAGGCAAGGCAGUCAGUUGCCAUUAUGGCUUGAGCGACGAUAACGGGCACCAGCCAGACAUUUUCUUUGCGUGCAGGAGGCAGAAGAGCACUUGGGGCUUCUGGGUGAAUUUUUUAUGCCUGAGGAUAGUAAAAGAGCUCGAAUCUCACAGGAAGGAGCAGGAUCGCAACUGCCACUGCGAUUUUGAAUACAUCAGGACAGGGAAAACUCGUCGUGAUACGUCAAGACUGUGUGUUUGGGUGCCAGGCAAGACGGGUAGGUUUGUGUGGACGGGAAUGCGAGAGCACGACAAACAUUGUAGCUGUGGUGCUUUCAACUUCUCGAAUAGCAGAGCUACAUGA